UAAGUCUCCGGGACCAACGCUGGGCGAACCAGCCCCGCUCCGCAGGGGUCUGCGCGGCUGGCCUCGUCCGCCCCCUAGCGGACCCGUGCGAUAGUGCAGCCUCUGCCCCAGAGCACAGCGCGGCAUCCAGACGCUGUCCGCGCGCUCAUCCCCGGCGGCGCUCCUCGCUCACCUCCUGUACCCAUCCAGCGACCAGCCAGGCUGCAGCGAGGGGAUUACAACAGAGGCUCCAGAGUCAGAGACCUCAGCCUAGCAUCACAUUAGGUGCUGCCGGCAGGCCAUCCCAACUCGGGCCGGGAGCGCACGCGUCACUGGGGCCGUCAGUCGCCGUGCAACUUUCCUGGGGGGAGUCAACUUUAGGUUCACCUGCGGACUCGGUGCAGUGGAAGCCGCUGAACAUCCCAAGGAACUGGCACGCUGGGGGCUCUGGGCUUGUGGCUGCUAGAGGAUUCCCGCUCAUUUGCAGUGGCUCAGAGGAGGGUGGACCCAGCAGAUCCGUCCGUGGAGUCUCCAGGAGGAGCCCCAGGCGCCUCUACACCCUCCGACACGCCGGAUCCGGCCCCGCCGCUCCAAGCCGUAAAGGGCUCGAAGGCCGGGGCGCACCGCGGCCGCCAGGGUCAUGGAGGGCGAGCUCGCAGCCAACUGGAGCACCGAGGCAGUCAACUCCAGCGCCGCGCCGCCGGGGGCCGAGGGCAACUGCACCGCCGGACCCCCGCGGCGCAACGAGGCCCUGGCGCGCGUGGAGGUGGCGGUGCUCUGUCUCAUCCUGUUUCUGGCGCUGAGCGGGAAUGCGUGUGUGCUGCUGGCGCUGCGCACCACGCGCCACAAGCACUCGCGCCUCUUCUUCUUCAUGAAGCACCUGAGCAUCGCCGACCUGGUGGUGGCAGUCUUCCAGGUGCUGCCGCAGUUGCUGUGGGACAUCACCUUCCGCUUCUACGGGCCCGACCUGCUGUGCCGUCUGGUCAAGUACUUGCAGGUGGUGGGCAUGUUCGCCUCCACCUACCUGCUGCUACUCAUGUCCCUGGACCGCUGCCUGGCCAUCUGCCAGCCGCUGCGCUCGCUGCGCCGCCGCACGGACCGCCUGGCAGUGCUCGCCACGUGGCUCGGCUGCCUGGUGGCCAGCGCGCCGCAGGUGCACAUCUUCUCUCUGCGCGAGGUGGCUGACGGCGUCUUCGACUGCUGGGCGGUCUUCAUCCAGCCCUGGGGACCCAAGGCCUACAUCACGUGGAUCACGCUAGCUGUCUACAUCGUGCCGGUCAUCGUGCUCGCUGCCUGCUAUGGCCUUAUCAGCUUCAAGAUCUGGCAGAAUUUGCGGCUCAAGACCGCUGCAGCUGCGGCGGCAGAGGCGCCAGAGGGCGCGGCGGCUGGCGAUGGGGGGCGCAUGGCCCUGGCACGUGUCAGCAGCGUCAAGCUCAUCUCCAAGGCCAAGAUCCGCACGGUCAAGAUGACUUUCAUCAUCGUGCUGGCCUUCAUCGUGUGCUGGACGCCUUUCUUCUUCGUGCAGAUGUGGAGCGUCUGGGAUGCCAAUGCGCCCAAGGAAGCCUCGGCCUUCAUCAUCGUCAUGCUCCUGGCCAGCCUCAACAGCUGCUGCAACCCCUGGAUCUACAUGCUGUUCACGGGUCACCUCUUCCACGAACUCGUGCAGCGCUUCCUGUGCUGCUCCGCCAGCUACCUAAAGGGCAACCGCCUAGGAGAGACAAGUACCAGCAAAAAGAGCAACUCGUCUUCCUUUGUCCUGAGCCAUCGCAGCUCCAGCCAGAGGAGCUGCUCCCAACCAUCCACGGCGUGACCUACCAGCCAGGGCCAGGGCUGCCUCCUGAGGUUCGGGCUGUGCUGGCAUAAGUGGUCUGCCCCUAGGUGAUGGCGUAUGUUUGUGUGUAAGGUAUACCUAUCAGUUUGUAUCCCUCUACUCCUUGGGGUGGCUUCAGUGGGGUAGAGAGUGGUCUCCAUGAUGGGAGAUGAUAGGGGACUCAGCCAUCAGGCAACCCCCUCACCUCCUACACGUACUUCUGCCACCCUGAACCCACUGCUACCCUGGGCAGUGGGUGGCUUAUUUUUUCUCCUGGACUUGCAAUUUCACGCCAGUAUCUUUUUACUUCUUUAUUCCGGGCUAUUGUGAAAAGCAGGAAAUAUAGGAUUGGUGACCAAUUGGGUCAGGAAGUCCAGUGUUCUGGACUUGGGGUAAAGAGUGGGGUUGGGACUUCAGAUGGGGAGGGUGGUGUUAAGAUCCUCCUGACCUCGAAGUGUAUUUGCCUUUAAGCGAACAAAUGCUGGGGUCCUUGGGGACCAACUUGUCAGAGGGUAGCACUAGAAGGGGAUUACCUUGUAAGACCAUCUGGCACAGCGGACCAAUUAGAACUUGGGUUAAAAAUGUUUAAGAAGCUAAUGUUUAAGAAGCGUUUGGGAAAGAAAAAGAAAUAAAUGCAUCCAGAUUAGAAAAGAAGAAGUAAAACUAUUUGCAGAUGACACCGUUUUGUAUAUAGAAAAUCCUAGGAAUUCAAACACACACACACACACACACACACACACACACACACACAAACCCAGCUUAUUAGAACUAAUAAGCAAGUUCCUCACCGUUUCAAGAUACAAGAUCAAUAUACAAAAAUGAAUUGUAUUUCUUUAUACUAGCAACAAACAAUAUGAAAACAAAGUUAAAUAAUUCCAUUUAUAAUAGCAUCAGAAAGAAUAAAAUAGGAAUCAACUUAACAAAACAAGUGCAAGACUGAAAACUACAAAAUUUGGAAGAAAUUAAAGGAGGCUUAAAUAAAUGGAAAGACAUCCUGUGUUCACGGAUCAGACUUAGUAUUGUUAAGAUGGCAAUAUUAUCCUAAUUGACAUACAGAUUCAGUGCAAUCCUUAUGAAAAUCAUAGCUGGCUUCUUUGCAGAAAUUGAUAAGCUAGUCCCAAAAUUCAUAAAGAAAUGCAAGGGACCCAGAAUAGCCAAAUAAGCCUUGAAAAAGAACAAAGUUGGUGGAAUCACACUUUCUGAUUUCGUAAUUUAUGAUAAAGGCACAGUAAUUAGCUCAGUGUGUUACUGGUUUAAAGAUAGACAUACAGAGUAGAAUAAAGAGUACAGAUAUGAACACUUAUACUUAUGGUCAAUUGAUUUUUGACAAGGUUCCCAAGACAAUUCAACAGAGAAAGAAGAGUCUUUUCAACAAAUGGCACUGAGACAAUGAUAUGCAUGUGCCAAAGAAUGAGGUUGGACCUUUACUCACACCAUGUGCAAAAAUCAACUCAAAAUCCAUCCAAGAUCUAAAUAUAAGAACUGAAACUAGACAAUCUUAGAAAGAAACAUAGACUUAGAUCUUUGUAACCUUGAAUUAGGCAGUGGUUUCUUACAUAUGACACCAAAGACACAAGCAACCAAUGGAAAAAUAGGUACAUUGGACUUAAUCAAGAUUUGAAGCUUUUGUGAUUCAAAAGGCCCUAUCAAGAAAGUGAAAAGAUAACCUGCAGAAUGGUAGAAAAUAUUUGCAAGUCAUAUAUAUGAUAAGGGACUUGUAUCUGGAAUAUACAAAUAACUCUUAUAACACAACAAUGAGAAAAAUAAAUCAAUUUAAAAAAUGGGCUAAUGAUUUAAAUAGACAUUUCUCCAAAAAGAUAUGCAAAUGGCUAAUAAGCACAUGAAAAAAUACUCAACAUUAUUAUUCAUUAGUGAUAUGCAAGUCAAAACCACAAUGAGAUUCCAGUUUACAAUCACUAGGAUGGCUACAAUAAAAAGAUGGACAACAACAAGUGUUGGUGAGGAUGUAGAGAAACUUGUAGAAAUUUAAAUUGUUGGUGGGAACAUAAAUGGUGCACCUGCUUUGGAAAACAGUUUGGCAGUACCUCACAAAAUUAAACAUAGAGUGACCAUAUGACCCAGAAAUGCCACUCCUAGGUAUUUGCCUGAGAGAAAUGAAAACACACAUACACACAAAAACUUGUACACCAAUGUUCAUAGCAACAUUAUCUGUAAUAGCCAAAAACUGGAAACAACCCAAAUGUCUAUCAGCUGAUGAAUGGGAAAUAAAAUGUGGUCUAUCCAUACAAUGGAACAUUAUUAAACUCUAAAAAGAAAUGAAGUACUGACACAUGCCACAACGUGGAUGAACCUUGAAAACAUUAUGCUAAGUGAAAGAAGCCAGUUGCAAAAGACCACAUGUUGUCUGAUUGCAUUGAAAUGCAAUGUCUAAAAUGGACAAAUUUUUAUGGACGAAUAUUUAUAUAGAGAGAAUAUAGAUUAGUGUUUGCCAGGGCCUGGAGGCUGUGGGAGAUGAGGCGUGACUACUAAGGGUUUGGGGUUUCUUUUUUGGGUGAUGAAAAUGUUCCGAAAUUAGUGGUGAUGGUGCACGAUUUUGAAAAUAUACUAAAAGCCAAUGAACUUUAAAAAAAUAAAAAUAAACAAAAAAAUGUUCAGCAGAUGAAUUCAGAGAAGGCCAGCUUGACAGAUGAAUUCCUUGGAAUCUCUUGCCUCUCGAGCUUUCGUUUCUCUAUGUGGCUCACGGCUUGAGAGGGAUCUCGUGGUUUUCUCACUCGAUUUUGCUGCAAGAGAUGAUGUCUCUGUUUGGCAAAAAGUAACAGCAAUGAUAAUAUCCCUACUUUGUAAAGGCACAAGUGAUGCUUUGUAGCUACAGGUUGUUAUGUUUUAUAUAAAAUAGAAAUUCACUAGGGGUGUCAGAGGUUUUUCUUACUUAGUGAACAUGUUCUCAAAUGUCCUCUCAGCCUUGAGGUUAGGACAUGAACACGUCUAAGAAAUACUUUGUCACUAAAUACAGGACACUAUUGAUCAGAGGUUUACUGUCAGGGACUGGCCAGCUCAGUGCAUGGUGGGGCGCCUUUUAAGUUUCUAGACACAUUGUUGUACUUACUGGGAUACAGCGGGAGCACUCUCAAAGGCCACAGAUCCAUUCUCUCUCUUUAUAACACACUUUCUUCUUCCUCCAUGCUGCAGUAGCCACAUAGCCACACACAUGCGCAUACACACACAAUAGAAUGAGCUAGCAUUGUCUAGAUGUUCUGGGAGAAGAGAGGCAUACACUGAAAUGUCCAUGUUCAAAGUCUAAGGAUUUAGCACAAGGUCUUCAGUAUUACCUGGAGAUUGAAGAUAGUAUCAUCUUUGGACUGCAAGGCACUGCUCAGUGUUGCUGGGACAUGCAUGAAGAGCGUCAGCACCAGCCAGUCCUUGCUCUUUGGGAAGCUAACAGGAUGCUGUUCUGGGGCCUCUGUGCCGAUGUACUGGAACACUUGUGUGCUCUGGGUGCAAAUGCAGCAGUAGUGGUGUCUGUUAGCAUCCAUGCCUCUUUGCCCACCAGCCAGAGAUACCCGAGGUCUCUGCUGGUCCCAGGGAAGUUGCCAUCCUAGGAGCCAACAGGGCCACUAGGUAUAGACAGCAACUCACAGUAGAUUUUCUGACCAGGAGCACAGCCUUCCUAGAAACCCUGGAGUUAUGAGAUUAUUGGACAUCAGAACCAAGUGGGAUGCUUUGUCAUUCUCUUCAUGUGAAAGCUCUGGUUUCACAUUAUGCACAGGAGUCUCUUUUAUGGCAAAUAAGUGACAUUCAAUUUCAAUAGUCCCAUUGGAUCUCCUUGAGAGCAUUUUCACCAUUUCUUAGUCUUUCCCCAAAUAAAGCCUAGAAAAAUGAGCACAGGGGUUCUGAACGCUACCUCAGGCUCAGUUGUUUUUGGCCUCCUCCCCAGACCUCAUGCCUGAGGUCUCCCAACCACCUUUCCCUACAGUUUCAGACUUGUUUACAACCAUAUGCAUGGCUGGGGUUGCCAGGAAGUGGGAGCUGCAGAUUGUCUUCUGCAAUGUUUCAUGGCUCUGAUCAUCAAAAGUGAAUGUGGAAACUCUGAGUCUUAUUUCUUUAGGCGCUGAAAAAAAAUCUGACACAUACUUUGGUCCCCUUUUGGGUUGGGUCUAUGUUUUGCCACUUCAGGAAAUGUAAAGGGACAAUGCAGGCUGUCUUUUAAGAAAAUCCUGGUUUCAAAGUGUUUAAGCCUUUUUGUAUUCAAUAGCAAUGAAACGCCACUUAAGGCAAAAUGUGAACACCUUGAUUUUGUUCUACUGUGGUGACCUGCUCUGGCACUCCUCUGUAACUGUGCCAGUUGGUGAAUGGCAUGGCUGAUCAUAAGGUGUCUGCUUCAUCAGCUGCUUGAUAGAGACUGCACUUAAUAAACAUUUGUUUCCAUACA